UUGUCAUUUAUUUAAAAAACUAACCUAUUUUUUUAAACAUUCGUUGUGCUUUAGUUAUACGUGAAGCAACUUUAUAAAAUCUGGAACAAUGGAUGAUGAGGCCGACAUUCGUGCAUUACAAACUGACUUAUUAACUCUUCGACAACAUUUUCGUGAAUAUACAAACCGCAAGAGUAAGCGACAGUAUAAAGAAAAACUGGAAAGACUGGAUAGUUUAGAAUAUCAAUUCGACGACUUGACACUACCAGAUUUUUCAGUGGAUGAUAUAAAGGACUUUUCUCAAUCAGAAGUUGAGGAGUUAAAGAAGAAAUUAAAGAAACACAUAAAAUUACUGCAGAUUCUUACUCAGAAGGCAAAUUGUCCGAUAUCUAGAAUUAUUGAUAAUAUUUAAGGUAAUUUUGGAUUCAUGUUUCAUAAAUGUCACUAGCUGUUUAUCGAAAAGUGCUAUUAGUGAUUUUUCCACAUGGAGAAGCGACGUUUUGUACUAAUAUUUAUAUUAAACUACUUGUAAAAUGUUA